AUGCCUGAAAAUUGGACUGUGCAGAAUUUUACCAUUGUAAUUCGUGGAAAUUGUCGAAACACAGAUACGCUAGAGAUGGGGACCUACAUUUUCCAUGCACUCGCUAUGCUGGUAUGCGCUUUGGGGACCGAUGCUAGACUCACGAAAGCAUUCAACAGAUUGGGGCAAUUUACAUUCAGCGAUGUCUUGAAUGAUAUGAGCGACCGUGGUGUAGAAUGCACUUCUGGUACACGAUACAAGUAUGCCGAAACAUCGUGUUCUUAUUUAGAGUGCUUUGAUAGCAAAUAUGAAUUGGUGAGAUGCCCGGAUGGACAGGGAGUCUCUGACAAAUUUGAAAACACACUCACAUCUCAGACAUUACCUUGCUCCAAACCACUUCCGUAUUGUAGAUUAUCAUUAGCGGAAAAGGGUUUACCAAUUUCAGUAACAGAGGUUUGUGGCAUUGAUCUAAAUUUUGUCGUCGACAUGUCAUUUUCCAUCAGUGACGUUAACAAAAUGAAAGUUCGGUCCUUUAUCUUGAAUCUUGUGAAAAAACUUAAGCUGGGACCUGCAUUUACAUUGCUAUCAGGAUCGACGUAUGGGGCUUCAACUCACUCGUUUCUGGAAUUCAGCACGUACAACGCUGGAAGCUCAAUGAUAAAGGCAAUAAAAAAUAUGGAGACACUUCCAAAGAAAGGUACAUCUACAUACCUCGCUUUAAAAGAGGCUAGAGAAGUACAUUUAACAACUUCAAAAGGACGAAGGAAAGAUAAAAAAGCUGUGGUUAUGGUGAUGACUGAUGGCGUUACUAACCCACUUGACAAGUCACCUACUACUAUAGCGGAAGCCAAGAGACUGAAAGACCCAAAGAGCUACGAACCAGGAGUUUCUGCACCUACGGUAGUUUUAUUAGUGCUUCCCAAUUCGAAAGGAGAGAAAGGAAGAGGGGUGUCACGAGCUGAAUUGGAAAAAUUGAGAGUCACAAGAGAGAAAGAAUUCGCAGCGAUCCCAUCAGAGGGGAAAGAAAACCGAUACAAUCUCGACAGUUUUGAUCAGCUUGAAGAGGUCAUAAAUCCAAUCCUGCAAUCGUCAUGCAAAGCAGUAGAGUAAUACUGUAAUUUCACUGCAAUCAAGAAAUAUCGAUUUAUAAUGUAAUAAUUUUACCUCAAUGUGAUCGCAUAGAUCUAGAAUAUAUAACAAUGAAUUGUAGGCCUAACUUCCCAAAUUCUCUCGUUAUGUAGAUUUUAUACCGCUGAUGAAUUUAAGUACAUCUAGGCCUAGUAGGUAUUUUAACCAUGGACGUAUACCAACUAAAAGAACGAUAAGGAGAUAAAAUGAUUUAAUAUUCGCGAAAAUAUUGAUGUUUGCAAUAUAUGUGCUGUACACACUUCAAUUGAAUUCAGAAGUAAAAUGAAUGUGCUUUCAAAGUUCAAACUUAAUUGCACAAGAACUCUUUCCAAUGUUAUUAGGAGAAUUAUUUGUUAGAAUUGUGAAAAAUCAACAAUUCCAACGAUUUCCCUC